UUUAUUGUAAAGAUUUAAUUUUUUAUUUUAUUAUAGAUAAUCCAAACUUAAUUAUUUCUAAUUAUUUAAAUCACAUGGCCUUGAAAGAACUUCCGAAAGAAAUUGGCAAUUACUAUGUUUUACAUGAAAUUGGCCAUGGCGGAUUUGGAACUGUUUACCUUUGCAAGGAUAAAACUCUUGGUGAUUUAUGUGCCAUCAAAAAAAUUAAGGAAAAGUCAAGGAUUGAUCCAAAAACAGAAAUUGCAAUACAUACAAGGCUAAUGCACAAACGAGGCAGAUCUGUAGUUAAAAUCAUUGAACAUUUUGAACUUGGAGGAUUUGUUUAUAUAGUUAUGGAAUAUUGCAAAGAUGGGAGUUUGCGAGAUUAUGUAAAGAAAAACGGGCCAAUGGGAGUUCUUUUAGCAACUGAUAUUCUUAUACAAUUAUGUGAGACAUUGAAAUUAAUUCAUGAUGAGGAUAUCGCACAUAGAGACUUGACACCAAGUAAUGUUUUAAUUUGGGAAAUUAAAAGAGGAAGAGAUGGCGAUGUUAAACGAAUUCGUGUGAAAGUUACUGAUUUUGGAUUAUCUAAAGAAACACCAAAUAACAAACAAGGACUUUUUAAGACAACACUUGGAACUGAACCGUUUAUGGCUCCUGAAGUUCAUGCUGGGAAAUAUACAAAAGCUGCAGAUGUUUUUGCACUUGGCUCAAUAUUUUAUUUUCUUUUAACAGGAAGUUAUUUAACUGAUAGAUUCAAUUCUGAUAAACGUUUGAAACUUUCAAAUGCUUUGGAUGGUCUUAUAAAAAGGAAUUCGAUAGCGAAAUUCGAUUCAAAUAUUCAGAAUAAUUUGAAAUCAUUUAUGCAUGCAAUGCUUUGCGACGAAAAAUCUAGAAUUCGUUUAGACGAAAUUAGACAAGAUAAAUUUAUGGAAUGGUUUUAUGAUGAACGUUAUGAAAUUGAUCCAGAAUUAAGAGAAUUUUGUUCACACUCACAAAAUGGGCAUUUGAGAAGUAGAAGUCAAAGUAGAGAGUCUGAAAGAAAACCGUUAAAACAAAUUAACAGACAAGAUGUACAAAAAAGAUCAAACAGAGAUUCAGCAUUUGGAAGUGACCAAAGUAAUAGUGGAAGUGGUCGUUGUCGUCAUCCAAAAGUCGAUGAAAAUACUGGCCGUUGCUUAACAUGCCCCUUUAAGUUGAGAAAUAUUUUUCCUGGCGAUUCCAAUAACAUCAUCAGAAAUAUACAAUCGAAUCCGACACGUCCGCAACAUGCCAGUACAUCAAAAGAUAAACGAUUCGAACCAGAUCUUCCAGCUACUAGUUCAAAUGAAGCAACAAUUUAUGAUUUAAAACAGGCACCAUGGCCACUACCAACAAUCAUUUAUACUUACACAGCUGUACAUCAAUCAGGAAGAUGCAUUUUUUAUAAAUAUUCACAUGUAAGAGGACAAUUACCAUUAGUUGCUGUACUAGAAAAGACAUCGCCUAAAGAUGAUCAAACAAUUUGCAAAAUUUUUGAAUUAAGACAAAAUGAAAGGGAACAAGAAUUACGAAUAUUACAACCAGAAGGGAAAAAUGUAAGAAAACCUGAACGUAAUGGGGAAAGAAUUACAGAUGCACGAGAAUUGGUCCGUCUUAAAAGUCUUGCUGAAUUUCGAGAUUGUAAAAUGGCAAAAGAUGGAUAUGAAACACUGUGGGGGUUUCUAAAAAUGGCUGCAAGUAAAAUUGUUCAGGCAUAUUGCGAAGAAAUCAUAGGUCACCACAAAUAUAGAAUAGAACUUUCUUUGAAUGGAUGGGCCAACCUCUAUAUAGGACCUAGUGGUGCUAAAGAUAUUAAUGAUUUGAAACAUUCUGGAAGGCAAAAAACACAUAAUGGACAAUUUGAACGAGUUCAAACUGGAGCUACUUUAAAUGAAAGUAAAAUAGGAAACACACAAUUUAUAAACGAUUUUAUAUACUAUAUUUUUCAGAAGAAAAAUCGCUAGCUAUCGA